UCGAGGUUAAAGGUUAAAAUGUGGCGUCUUCGUAAAUGUUGCUGCUUCUUGGGAUUGCGCAAGGGAUGCAUCCUGAUCGCCAUCUUGGACUUCUUCACGAAUGUCCUGGUGCUGAAUUUUGCAGAAACCAAGUUCAUCGGUCACAUUGAACAGGCUGUGGCCAUUUGUCACUGCAUUGGAUGCAUUUUUCUUCUAGGUGGAGCUCUGAUAAAAUCGAAUGUCCUGUUGAUGUUUUUUCUUAUAACCAGCCUAACGAACUACCUCAUCCUGAUCGUCUACUGUGUCACCAUCCUAAUUUCAGGACAAGAAUACGCCACAGCCACAGCUGCCUCCUGUACCGUCUAUAUUUGCUUUGGAGUCUACUUUUGGAUUGUGGUCUAUUCGUUCUAUGUCGAAAUCAGAACACCCACCGAUGUUUAUGAGGUUUAAAUUAUUGAAUACACUAUUUUGCU